ACACGUGCAGUUAUCCGCCGAUAAGCCGAGAAGCGUCAUUUACUAAGAAAAUGUUACGUCUUUCGGCUGCCUCCGUCGGAUCUUUUCUGCAAAAAUCUCACAAAUUGCAGAAAACGGGAUGGCAAUUAUUGUCGUCGCUGCCUCGACCCGUCGUUCGACCUCAAGUGCAGUUUACCAAGAUAUUCGUCGAUAACGAAUGGCAAAAUUCUGCAUCGGGAAAAACUUUUCAAACGAUUAAUCCUGCCACUGGCGAAGUUAUCGCCGAAGUUCAAGAGGGCGAUCGGGCAGAUGUCGAGAAAGCAGUAGCUGCCGCUAAAGAAGCUUUCAGAUUUGGUUCGCCGUGGCGGACGAUGGAUGCUUCGGAAAGAGGAAAUCUCCUAUUUAGAUUGGCAGAUUUAAUAGAAAAACAUCGAACGGAACUUGCGAGUUUGGAAACUCUGGAUAAUGGAAAGCCUUACAAAGAUUCAUUUUACAUUGAUUUAGAUCUGACAAUUAAAUGUUAUCGAUAUUAUGCCGGUUGGGCAGAUAAAAUUAACGGUCAGACUGUAUCUCCUGAUGGAAAUUUUUUUACUUACACGAAACACGAACCGGUGGGAAUAUGCGGACAAAUUAUUCCGUGGAAUUUUCCUCUUCUGAUGCAAGCGUGGAAACUCGGUCCGGCAUUGGCCACCGGAAACACCGUCGUGAUGAAACCCGCCGAACAGACUCCUCUGACUGCUCUUUACGUUGCCGAAUUAAUUAAAGAAGUGGGUUUUCCGCCGGGAGUAGUUAACAUCGUGCCGGGCUUCGGACCGACUGCCGGCGGUGCCAUCACUUCUCAUAAAGACGUAGACAAAGUUGCAUUCACAGGUUCAACUGAGGUAGGAAAGAUUAUCAUGGAAGCUGCUGCAAAAAGUAAUUUAAAAAGAAUUACUUUGGAGCUGGGAGGCAAAAGUCCAAAUAUUGUUUUUAAGGAUGCCGACUUGAAUUAUGCCAUCGACAUGUCGCAUUUUGGCUUAUUUUUCAACCAAGGUCAAUGCUGUUGUGCGGGCUCGCGUAUUUUUGUCGAGAGUGACGUGUACGAUGAAUUCGUUGCCCGCAGCGUGGAGAAGGCCAGAGGUCGUAAGGUCGGCGAUCCUUUCGACGUGACGAUCGACCAGGGCCCACAGGUAGACAAGGAGCAACUCGACAAAAUAAUGACUUUAAUAGAUUCCGGAAAACGAGAAGGAGCCAGUCUGCUUUGCGGUGGAAAUCGACACGGCGACAGGGGCUACUUCGUUGAACCCACCGUUUUUGCCGGCGUGAAAGACGGAAUGAGGAUCGCCACGGACGAGAUUUUUGGUCCAGUGAUGCAAAUAAUGAAGUUUAACACCAUGGACGAACUGCUGGAGAGAGCCAAUAACACGAUGUAUGGUUUGGCUGCCAGUAUUUUCACCAAAGACUUGGACAAGGCGAUGCACUUUUCUAGCGGACUUCGCGCCGGGACAGUUUGGAUCAACUGUUAUGAUGUACUGGGAGCCCAGAUGCCUUUUGGAGGAUACAAGAUGUCCGGAAUAGGAAGAGAAUUGGGAGACUACGGACUGGAGAAUUACACAGAGGUCAAGACGGUGACCAUCAAGAUUCCGCAAAAGAACAGUUAAAAAGAAUAUUCCUGAGCAAAGAUUAACAUUCUUUUUUUUUUAUAAAACAAUAAAAUUUUAUACAUUUCGUUAACGAA